UCUUUAAAGAAGCUCAACCAUGCCAACGUAGUCAAAUUAAAAGAAGUUAUCAGGGAAAAUGAUCAUCUUUAUUUUAUCUUCGAGUACAUGAAGGAGAAUCUUUACCAGCUCAUUAAAGAAAGGACAGAUGGGCAGAGCAACUAGAAGUCAGAGGUGGACACAGCUUCAUGGAUGUUGAGAGUUCUGUUGAAAAGUCCUGGGUUUGUUUCAGUUCCUCUCUCACUGCAGUGCUCAAGUGCUUGCAUGCUGGGAAGAGGAGGCUAAUAAGAAAUUUACCUGCUACGGUAAUUUUGAACUUUAAAGGUGAACCAUGUGGAGCCUCUUGAGCACAUCUUCUUUGUGGCAAAAUGAACGCCAUUCACAGCACCUCUCUGAAAAUAAGUUGUUUCCUGAGUCUGCCAUAAGGAAUAUCAUGUAUCAGAUAUUACAAGGACUUGCCUUUAUUCACAAACACGGCUUCUUCCAUCGAGACUUAAAACCUGAGAACCUCCUCUGCAUGGGACCAGAACUCGUGAAAAUUGCAGACUUUGGUUUGGCCCGAGAAAUCCGAUCAAAACCUCCAUAUACAGAUUAUGUAUCUACCAGAUGGUACAGGGCUCCAGAAGUACUCCUGAGGUCUACCAACUACAGCUCCCCCAUUGACGUCUGGGCUGUGGGCUGCAUCAUGGCUGAGGUGUACACCCUCAGGCCACUCUUCCCUGGGGCCAGUGAAAUUGACAUGAUAUUCAAAAUUUGCCAAGUGCUGGGGACACCAAAAAAGAUGGACUGGCCUGAAGGCUACCAACUUUCAAGUGCAAUGAACUUCCGCUGGCCACAGUGUGUACCUGAUAACUUAAAGACCUUGAUUCCCAAUGCUAGCAGUGAAGCAAUCCAGCUCCUGAGAGACAUGCUUCAGUGGGAUCCCAAGAAACGACCAACAGCUAGUCAGGCACUUCGAUAUCCUUACUUCCAGGUUGGACACCCACUAGGCAGCACCACACAGAACCCUCAGGAUUCAGGAAAACCACAGAAAGGCAUCCUGGAAAAGGCAGGCCCACCUCCUGAUAUUAAGCCAGUCCCUCCUGCCCAGCCGCCAACCAAACCACACACACGAAUUUCUUCACGACAACAUCAAGCCACCCAGCCCUUUCUGCAUCUCACGUACCCCUACAAAGCAGAGGUCUCCAGGACAGAUCACCUGAGCCAUCUCCAGGAGGACAAGCCAAGCCCGUUGCUUUUCCCAUCCCUCCACAACAAGAAUCCCCAGUCGAAAAUUGCAGCUGGCCUGGAACACAAAAAUGGUGAGAUAAAGCCAAAGAGUAGGAGAAGGUGGGGUCUUAUUUCCAGGUCCGCAAAGGAUUCAGAUGAUUGGGCUGACUUGGAUGACUUGGAUUUCAGUCCAUCCCUCAGCAGGAUCGACCUGAAAAACAAGAAAAGACAGAGUGAUGACACUCUCUGCAGGUUUGAGAGUGUUUUGGACCUGAAACCCUCUGAGCCCGUGAGCACAGGAAACAGUGCCCCCACUCAGACGUCAUAUCAGCAGCGAGACACACCCACCCUGAGAUCUGCAGCCAAGCAGCACUAUUUGAAGCACUCUCGAUACUUGCCUGGGAUAAAUAUAAGAAAUGGCAUACUCUCGAAUCCAGGCAAGGACUUUAUUCCACCUAAUUCAUGGUCUAGUUCUGGCUUGUCUGGAAAAUCUUCAGGGACAGUGUCAGUAAUCAGCAAAGUAAAUUCAGUUGGUUCCAGCUCUACAAGUUCUAGUGGACUGACUGGAAACUAUGUCCCUUCUUUUCUGAAAAAAGAAAUUGGUUCUGCUAUGCAGACGGUACACCUGGCACCUAUUCCAGACCCUUCCCCUGGUUAUUCCUCCCUGAAGGCCAUGAGACCUCAUCCUGGGCGCCCUUUCUUCCACACCCAGCCUAGAAGCACUCCUGGGUUGAUACCACGGCCUCCAGCUGCCCAGCCAGUGCAUGGCCGGACAGACUGGGCUUCCAAGUACCCAUCUCGGCGAUGACUAUCUGCCUUGGUGAUGGAUCUCUUCAUAGGGAGAAGCAGGACACUUUUUCUCAGCUGACUAAUGUUCUACCUGCAAGACAUGCAGAGGGCAUAAAAGCAAAUCAACACUUUAUAGUUAUUCUGAACUAAGACAUGUCAAUAUUUUAAAGUUUUUUUUUUUAAUAUUGAUUUGAAUGCAGUACGCUUUUUUGUAUAAAAUUAUUUUAUUCCAAAACUGGGUCCCAUUAUUUUCUUAAACAACAGCAUUUUGUAUAUAUGAAUUAUGUUUUAGCAUUUUAUACAGUCAACUUUGUAAUGAACUUUUUAAAGAUUAAUUGAUUUUCCUUUCGUGUUCCAGAUAGUAUUUUAUACAGAUUUUGAAAAAAUGUAAUAAUAUUAAUGCAGUAUUGCAACAGGGGUGCAAUUUAAGGCUAUAUGAUAGAGGCUCAGUGUGUGCAGUUAUUUAUGAAGUGGUUAAAUUUUAAGUAUGGCUCACUAGGUACUUCAGGCUUUCUUGGACUGUUGUUAGAAAACUGAUCCUCUGCUUUUCUUAAUAAGUCAUUGGUUUGGUUUUUGGGUACCACUCUGCUGCUGUUCUAAAAGAACUAUUAGAUAAUUGGCUUUGUUUUAUUUUUGUUCCCCAGAUGAAAGAAGACUAAGUAAAUACAUUUUUUAAAAUGUUCCCAACACCCUUUAAUGUGUUUGCAGAUAUCAAAUGAAACCAGGCUUAAUCAUACUAUGCCAUUAUAUUCUCAUUUAUUCUAUUUUUGAAAUUGAAUUGUUUGUGUACCAAUAAAAGGAGAGCUUUCUGCAUCAAAAGGCUCUCAACAUAAAGGUUAAUACAGUCAAUCAAACUUACAUUCCUGCCAAGAUGCAUGGCCGAAAAACUAAGUAUCAAAGCAGCAGAAGGUUUUCGAAGAUAGUAACUGAGAUGGAAUUUUGCGCCUGGCUCUGUUCUCCAGAUCUGGCUAGGAGCAGUCAAUGACUAAUCUUCUGUCCUAGCCAAAUUCUCAGGACAAUUUGGGGAGCAGAAAGAGUUAUGGCAGAGGUUCCACUCAUCUGCAAAGUCACAGUCACAUGCCACAUUUGAUCUCCUAACCCUGGUGUAGUUUCUUUCAAGAGUGAGAACUCUGUGUUGGGCAGAGGCUGUGUUCCAUUGAGAGGAAUGUUUACAGCAAUUUUGAAAAUGAUGAAGCCAGUUUGGAGACAGAAAAAGACAAAAGGUUCAUCUCUAUAUGGUACAUUUGCCUCACUCAUGGUUACCUUAAAGACAAGAGGGAGGGUCACCAUCAGUGAAUGCAAUGCAAUCAGUGAAUGCAAUGCAAAGUAUGACAAGAGUGUAUUGACUCAUAUUCUCUUAGGGCUCAAACUACUCUCUGUUGGUUCUGGGUUCCAGGAUAAUGGUAGGUUGAACCAUAUGUAAGUGAUCAUUUUUAUAGGUUAAAAUGAUAGGUGAAAUGAAUAUAGACACUUCCAUAUGGUUCAACCGAAUGAGUUGGUAAAUAAUUGCUUUGGUGUAUUAAUAAUAUGUUGCAUUCUGAACGAAUUAUCAUAGCUUCCAAAGGGCCCUAACCUAAAAUCAGAGAGUAAUUUAUGCUUUGGAGAAUCUGACUCAAAAACAUACUUGACCAAGCACCAUGAUCCCUAGGGGCAUGAGAAAAGCACAUAAUGGUUGUGGGUGUGAUAGGUGAUCUUUUCCUGCUAACAAGCUGGCAGCAAAGCUUCAGAAAAUAUACAUGCAAGCACAACUUGAAGCUGAAUUCAUUUCUGUAUUAUAUUCUCAACUCAUUAUCUAAAGCAUCAGAAAAUGUGUUUUCAGAGAUGAGUCCUUUACUAUAAGGUUAAAAUUUAUUUUCAUUUUCUGUAUUAUAUAUGAAGAGUAAAUUAAUCUGAAACCUCGCCCAGCUUGCUGGAAAGCAGGUUUUAAAUUGUAAAUAUUCCUUAGAGGAGCAAAUGGAUUGUUCAAUACCAUAGUCUUGGUAAUCUAGCUUAUAUAAGGUCAUUAAUUUUUUUAAUUGAAAAACCUAGUUACUUAAUUAUUUCACAUUAUAAAAUUGUUUUUGUAACACUUUUGUAGGGCCCAAAUUCAGAGAAUACUUCACUUUCUUCCUUUUAUGCUUUCCUUUGUUUACCAGCAGACAACUUCCUGGGGAAACCAAAUCAUAUUCAUAAAAAAGUCAAGUAGCUGAUGUGCAGUUGAGAAAACUAGAGGACUGAAAAAACAAAUUCUAACUAGCAAAUGCUAUGAAGGACUCUUCCUCCCCCUCUCUGAAAUGGGUAAAGGACUAAUUGUGUAUACAAGCUAUGCACUAUAGAAGGGAAUAUUAACCAUUUCUUUUGUCUCUUUCUGUUUUUGUUCUGACUGAGAUUCUGUUACAUGAAAAUAAAAUGCUACUUGUUAGCUAUAUUUUUUGUUAUCAUAGAAUUAUAAAAUAUAAGACCAACAGAAAUGAUAUAUAUACCUGUAACUGUACCUAUCAGGACCAUACCUCAUUUACAAUCAGAAAGCUUACUGGGAUGUCAGGAAAUGAUACAGGAUUGGUGCUCAUUUCAUGCUGAAAUGAGAUAAAAGUUCAGUGAUGAAGGUGUGCUGUGGGGGUACCAAUGUGCCCCACAUAGAGCGAGCAGAGCAGGGAAAACUGCAUUUGCAUAAAACUACUCUUGACAUGGUUGUUCAUCUUACAAUAAAAUUUCAUUCAUUACCAAGCCCUCAACCCAGCUCAUGUAUGAUAGGUUUUAUGUAGGAAGAAACUUGAUUUUCAAAUAAUUUUUAAAGUAUGUCUCUUACCUAAAGGACUAUAUACAUCUAAUAAAAUAACACUGUGUCAUUUUCUGGAGUUAUCAAAAAUUGUAUACAAUCAAGACAGCACAAAAUAAGAAUUAUUUUGUUUUUAAGUGCAACUACACGUACUUUUGGAGUUAAUGGGCACUGUGCUUUCUCAUGAAGUAGCAUUUCCCUACCAUCAAGCCAUUGUUUUGUGCCAUUCAAAAGAGGAAAAAAAGGAAUUUAGGCUGUACAUUUCAGUUCAGUGUAUGACCAAAAGCAAUAUGUUUAUAAGAAGAUGUUUGACAUACUCAUUAUUUUAUAUCAUUUAAAGCAUACUGUAGCAAUUUGUUUGUUUAAUAUAUGUAGCUAAUUUUUAGAAUUAUUUUUACUAUUUCCAACCAAAUGUACUGUACUUUUAUAUAAUUUAUUGUGAGGACGUUCUCAUGGAAACCAUUAGGAAGACAGACUGGAGGUAAAUAUCACAUGAAUCUGUAUUACCAGUUUCUCAUAGACACUGUGCUAAUGUGAAUUUUUAAUGACCUGAAUCAAGUCUUCUGAUCUCAGAUUUCUCAGUACAGAUAGAAAUUAGUCACCUGAUUCGAUUACAAUGGAGUAACUGACAGUAUAUUUAUUUAUAAAGCAAAUUUUCAUAACGGAAGAUAGGAAGACAGAAAACCACUUAAGCAAGACCCUUCUGAAAUAAAAAUGUUGCUUUUUAAAUAAUUUGUCCCGAGGUGUUUAAAAAUGUCAACCUUAUGUAAGGAAAAAUUCCCUGCUCCAAAUAAAGUUGAAGUUUAAGAAAAACUGA